GCAUGCGCUGCGCGAGGCGGAGCUGACGGCGCGCCCGCCGGCCCCAUGUCCUUCGCCAUGCUGCGCUCGGCGCCGCCCGGCCGCUACCUGUACCCCGAGGUGAGCCCGCUGUCGGAGGACGAGGACCGCGGCAGCGAGAGCUCGGGCUCCGACGAGAAGCCCUGCCGCGUGCACGCCGCGCGCUGCGGCCUCCAGGGCGCUCGGAGGCGGGCCGGGGGCAGGCGGGCGGGGGGCGGCACGGCGGGGCCCGGGGGACGGCCGGGCCGAGAGCCCCGGCAGCGGCACACGGCGAACGCGCGCGAGCGGGACCGCACCAACAGCGUGAACACGGCCUUCACGGCGCUGCGCACGCUCAUCCCCACGGAGCCGGCCGACCGCAAGCUCUCCAAGAUCGAGACGCUGCGCCUGGCCUCCAGCUACAUCUCGCACCUGGGCAACGUGCUGCUGGUGGGCGAGGCCUGCGGCGACGGGCAGCCGUGCCACUCGGGGCCUGCCUUCUUCCACGCCGCGCGCCCCGGCAGCCCCCCGCCGCCGCCGCCGCCGCCGCCGCCGCCCCGCGACGGCGAGAACGCCCAGCCCAAACAGAUCUGUACCUUCUGCCUCAGCAACCAGAGAAAGUUGACAGCACGCGUGAGCUCCUGGGGCCUGAACAUCUGGGAAAUUUAAUUUUACAAUUUCGGCUGUGCAGCAGCGCACUCUCCUCCCCAAACUGCACGGGGAAGCCGGGGUGAGCGUGGAAGGGGGUGCUUUCAGCACCCGCCACCUGAGACAGCACCCCCUGGGGAAGCCCAGAGGCGCGGGCUGGCACUGGGUCUGCGGCCAGGCCCUGACACUGACCCCUCCCCUCUGCAGAGCAAGGACAGAGACAGAAAGACGACAAUUCGGAGUUAGAGACGGACACCGCUGGGCUAGCCACAGAGAGCUCCCGUGGACCGGACUCGGGCACAGGCCUCCUGUGAGGGCGCCCAGCGAGCGAGCCUCGCCUCUGGCCACGGCGGGGCCAACGGACAGACAAGUGUGCGGGACUCUGCACGGGCCCGACGGGCCCAAGCCCACCGGAACCUUCCGUGCUGGCUUCCUACCUGGGUUUUCUUCUGGUCACUACAUGCUGGCAUCUUGUGUCUUUAAUACGAUAAUAUAAAGUCUGGAAACUUUGUAUAAUUAAAAACAAAACAGUAUUGUCCAACCGUGGAAGCACCCUGUUCUCUUGAACGGUUCUGAACCCAGCCUGAGCCCAGCCCUCACGGCGCCCUCCGUGCUCUGCUCUCUCCAAGCUCAGUCCUCCCGGGCCAUUGUCAGGGAAGGCCUCCACCCUUCAGGGGCUGGGUCAUCCCUCCCAGGCCUGAGGCAGAGUGAGGCACCUCCCCCGGGCCCCGGGGGCUGAAGGAGACAGAAGAGGGAGAGGAGGACAAGGAAAGGACGGAGGGAGCCCACUGCCACGCAGCAGGGGACCGGCCAAUCUGGCCUUGUCUCCGAGGGCCUGCCGGGCACCCAGGCAUCCCUGAAGGGGUGAGAAGGGCAGAGCUCGCAGCACGAUCAUGUCAAGCCUCGGCCUUUGCCCAGAGACCCACAGAGCGGACGCCUGGGGGAGGUGGAGUGAACGGCGCUGCCCAGCACAGCAGGUUUCCCAACCUGGGUAGGCCUAAGGGUGCAAGUCACCUGCGUUCACCCGAGUGCCCACCCUGAACCCCCAAACAGGGCUCUGAGUCCCACCCCUACUGGGCUGCCCUGGCUCCCCCACCCCCACGAGCUGUGAGGGGAGAGGAGCUCCGUGACCCCCCCACCGCUGCACCCCACCCAGCUCCUCCAAAGGCCCACCUGCUCGAGGGCAGGGCGAUUUGAGCCCCUCCGAGCUGCGCACAGCCGGGUGACCGUUAAAUCCCAGGUGACAGUUAUGCUCUCCCCGCACAGCAGGGAAGAAAGGCAGGGGCAGCCCUCUGCGAACCCCCUCCCUCCCCUCCCCCUCACUGGGCGGGGCGGGCCGGCAGCCUGACUUCCGGCCGGGCCAGACCACAGAGGGAAUGGCCGAAGGCGCCAGGUGCCAGCACUGGGCCCUCCGAGCCCUCAGCACAGGCUCCAGAGGCCCCCACUGACCCACCCUCCUGGGUCCCCAGGGAGAGGCCAGGUGCUGAGGCCCACGUGGGCACCCCAAUAGGACAGGGCCAGAGCCGCCCCCUCCUCUGCACCGAGGGGCUCCGGGGAACUGCGAAACAGGAAGCCGUGGUGUAAUUUUGGAGGAAACUCUCAAAGCCAGAGCCAUUAAGGGCCAGAGGGGGGCUGUGUCCAACGUGAUAGAAAUAUAACAGGAUAAAAAGUCGCCAUGGCAGGUUCCACUCCGAGAGAAACCCAACCCCAAGUUUCCUUUCCCUAAUCCUGCAGGAGCCCACAGCCGGCCGGAGGAGGGGGCUGAGAGAACCCCAGGGGGGAGUGUCGGGAGGGGCAGGUGCACCCCAGGCCUCUGGGCCUGCCUCCCCCACCUCACUGCGCACAGGGUGAUGUUCUGUGGGGAGGGUCUGUGGCCCACCCACCCCCCACCUACUGUAAUCACACGUCCACACCGGAGCCUGGGUGGGAGGAUGUGAACCUCCCUUAGGAAGCCCCGCCAAGACAACGAGCCCGCAAGUGGGCGCCCACCUCGAGGCCACAGAGCGGCGCGUGUGAACAGGGA